AAAGAAAUGGAGCCGACUAAUCCUCAAAGAGAGAGAGUGACUAAAGGGCCACCAGGUUGGAUGGUGGAAUCAAGGCCUCGUACUAAUGAGAAAUAUAUAGGGAAAGUUGACAGGUUCUAUUAUGAGCCAGGGACUGGCAAACGAUACCGAUCGUGUUCACAAGCAUGGGCUCGUUACUAUGAAACUCAACAACAAAUUGGUGUGUUAGUGCCAAAAGAGGAGAAUAUGGCACAUGAUCCAAACAUGAUGGAAUUUUCAAAGAUGAAAAACAGAACUAAAAGAUUCAAUGUUAACGAAAUCCUUGACUCAGUUACAUGGGUUUUAACCGAUAUCGAAUUUGACAAAUGGACCCCUUAUAUUGAUGAUGAAAUGGUCCUACAAAAUGAGCAAAAAUUAUGGAUUGAAACCUUUGAACUUGCAAUGCUAUGGAAACAUUGGCCUGAUGGUAAAGUGAAUGUUGAGGAGGAAGAAGAGAAUGAUGAUGAACAAACCAAUGAUCUGGAUGUUCAAAAAAACAAUGCAGCAUAAAAAGACAGGCAAGGCUAUUCGAACUGUGGAUAUGGAUAGUGGAAAUUAAAAUUUUAUGUUUAAUGAAUAUGUAAUGUUAAACAUAAUCGUACUUUGUACUUGUGGACACAAGGCAUUGAGGCCCAUAGUCAUUCGGGUCUAAAAAUGAGUAAGAAAUAAGAUUAUA